GCUGGAGUACAAACCAUGACGCGCUUUUCUCCGGCUCUGUGACACGCUCCCGGCUGCGCUGCUUCCUCUCACACGUCUCCACUUGUUGUAAUCCUGCAGAAACAUGUCAACCAAACCACUGGCCUGUGUCCUACUGCUGUCACUGCUUCACACCUGCUCUCUGACACUGGAGUACGAGGACUACGAGGAUGUCACAGUGAACCAAAUGCUGGCUCCUAAAUCACAUGAAACCGACGCCACGGAAAUACUCAACAAUCUGCUGAAAGAGUACGAUAAGAAACUCAGACCGGAUAUCGGAGUUAAACCAACUGUCAUAGAUGUCGACAUAUUUGUGAACAGCAUUGGACCAGUGUCAUCAAUAAAUAUGGAAUACCAAAUCGACAUCAUCUUUGCCCAGACGUGGAUUGACAGCCGUCUGAGAUACAACAGCACAAUGAAGAUACUGACUCUAAACAGCAAUAUGGUCGGACUUAUUUGGCUGCCAGACACCAUCUUCAGGAACUCCAAGAAUGCGGAUUCGCACUGGAUUACGAUGCCGAACCAGCUGCUCAGAAUAUGGAAUGAUGGGAAAAUACUUUACACCUUAAGACUGACAAUAAACGCAGAAUGCCAGCUUCAGCUACACAACUUUCCCAUGGACGAGCACUCCUGCCCUCUCAUCUUCUCCAGCUAUGGAUACCCACGAGACGAGAUGAUUUACAAGUGGAGGAAGAACUCUGUGGAGGCGUCUGACCAAAGAAACUGGCGUCUCUACCAGUUUGAUUUUAUGGGCCUGAGAAACACUACAGACAUUAUAAAGACUACAGCAGGGGACUAUGUGGUGAUGACGGUGUUCUUUGACCUGAGCAGGAGAAUGGGCUACUUCACCAUCCAGACUUACAUCCCCUGCAUCCUCACCGUGGUCCUCUCCUGGGUGUCCUUCUGGAUCAAAAAGGAAGCCACGCCAGCCAGAACGGCUUUAGGUAUCACCACAGUUCUGACUAUGACUACUCUCAGUACUGUGGCCAGGACGUCAUUACCCAGAGUGUCUUAUGUCACUGCCAUGGACCUGUUUGUCUCUGUCUGCUUCCUGUUUGUCUUCGCUGCUCUGAUGGAGUAUGCAACAUUGAAUUACUACUCAAACAGCGCCAGAAAACUCAGCUGUAUGAAGCCUAAACGACCAAACUACUCUGUCCUGGACGUGCGACCUCCACACACCGUCAUCUCUCUGAACAACUCCAUGUACUGGCAGGACUUUGAGGACGCUUGCGUAUACGAGUGUCUGGAUGGGAAAGACUGCCAGAGCUUCUUCUGCUGCUUCGAGGAGUGCAAAGAAGGUGGAUGGAGAAAAGGACACAUCCACGUAGAUCUACUUGAACUGGAUGCGUACUCACGCGUCUUUUUCCCCACCUCCUUCAUACUCUUCAACGUGGUCUACUGGGUGGGCUAUCUCUACCUUUAGCACUCUGCAGGAGCCUGUUGGGCUUCAAACGGAGUACAGCCCAAUUUAACAGAAGAAAUUCAAGUGUAAUACAAGGUAACACCAAAUUAACUCUUUGUUGUGGCACCUGGAAACCAGCGUGUGUCAGCAGGCCUGUGCCAAACAGGGCGGCAGCGAGGACAUGAUGGACUGUCUUCUAUGACAAUACAUAGACAAAGAAGGACUCCUAACUUCUCAGUCAGGGGGAUGACUUGUGAUGUAGGGAAUGUGAAGACACGUUAUUAUCCAGCCAUCAGUCAAAUCCAGUUGAUGAAACUCCAAUGACACUCAAACCAUUCAUAGUGCCUUCCUCUGGAGGGGUAGAUACUAUCUGCUAAAAUAAUCAGGGAGACAUUAUUUAUAAAGUGAUAAUUAAAAGAGCCUGGCUUUGACUGAUCACAGCUUCUCUCAUUCAGAGCUUUGAGAUACAUUUAUAAAAACAGGCAUUUUUUAUAAGAACAACAUGAAGAAACAAUGACUUCAUUCUGACUCUCAUCCAUUAGACAUGACUCAUUCCUCCUGCUUGCAACAAUACUACUGCUUAUACACAAUAAAUAAAUUGUUUCCAGGGAAGAGUAAGAUCUGAACAGCAGAAGUAAUCAUUUUAGCUGUACUGGCACAUUUUCGUGAAGUCAAUGUUUAAAUUGCUGUUUAUAUUGUGUUUAUGUAGUGAUCGAGCUGGGACUAAUCUCUCACCGAGCUGUCCACAGUGUGAACCCAGAGGCUACAGUUAUUAUGGGGAUGUCCUUUUAAUUGUCAUGAGAAGUGGCAACGAGCACAGAACACCAACCUUGUGCCCAUUUUCAAUAAGAUGAUUUUGAAAAUACCUUUCUUUUCCCAUGUCAAUGCUUUAGGUUUCAGAGUUUGUACAGUUAUGGGCCAAAUCUUGUGCUAUGUGCAAACAUAAAAAUUGGAGUUGUGUGUGGAGUCUGUUGACUGCAUUGUUUCACAGUUAAAGAUGAAACACCCUCAGAAUGAAGGCAGCCAAGCACAUUAUUCAACUGUUAUUUUCCCUAGAUACCACACAUGUUCAUGGCAUGGUUAUAUGUUGCACAGCAGCUUUGGCGGAGUUCUUAGCACAUUAAAGUGAAUAGACAUAGAAUAGAGUUUUCUGCUUUCUAAAAAAAACUACAGUUUUAAAACACAAUUGCUGAAUAGGACGCUCAAAUUAAAUAUAAUGGGUGUUAUUUGUGCAUCAACUCAGGCAGAAAUAUAAUAAUCCCAUUCAUCUCUGUUUGUCUGUUGACUCUUGUUUGCAUGCAAUAGACAAGUACCCAUUGCCAUUCAUUAAGCUCUAAUACGUCUGGAGACAGACUUACAAUUUGAAUGCGGACUGUCUGUUUCCUGAUUUGAUUUCCCUGUGUUUAGGAUUGGCAUUAGCAACCGAUGAACUGCCUUAGCGUAGCCUGCCCACAGCCGAGAAGAGCAGCAGAUAUUUACCUCUCGUACAAACCUCAGCAUGGUGAAGACCUCACUUCAGCAAAGGCCACUUCUUUGCCUUGGGCAGAAUACUUAAGUAGGACUUUUUAUACCCCCGUUUUUUUUAGCUCUUUUGUUUGUAUGAUUAGAUAUGCUAUCAAUGUGCCAAAUAUAUUAC